AUUGCAUUGAGCAAGAGCAACAGAACACCCGAGCCACCAGUUCGUGAGCCCCAUAUCCACCGUCCCCUCCAAACCCAACGGUCCUCAUUCCCCCUUCCCUAUCCUCAUGUUGCUGCUCUCCUGAACCCUGCUCCACCUCCGAUCCCUGCAGCCAUGGCUUCCAUGCCACUCGCCACUCCUUCUCUUCCCCUUCCUUCCUCCAAGCGCCCCUCCUUCAAAUACCUGCAACUUCGCUCCUCUCCUUCCCUCGCUUCUAUCCACCUUAGUUGCCUCAGGCGUCAUUCUUCCUUUUCCCCAAUUCCAUCUUUCACCCUCUCCAAGUCUGCUUUCAAUAUCAAACCCAGUCCGAAACGCCACAUUGUCAGAGCCUCCGCUGCCGGGGCUUCAGUUUCUCCGGCUCCAGCAGCUCAGCCAUGGCAGGGAGCCGCAAUUAAACCUCUGUUGGCUUCUAUGGCCACAGGGGUUAUACUCUGGUUCGUCCCCGUGCCUUCCGGAGUUUCGAAAAACGCGUGGCAGCUGUUGGCGAUUUUCUUGGCCACCAUCGUCGGCAUCAUCACGCAGCCAUUACCGCUCGGUGCUGUGGCCGUCUUGGGUUUAGGCGUUUCGGUUCUUACAAAAACCCUGACUUUCGCAGCAGCAUUUUCAGGCUUCGGCGAUCCCAUCCCCUGGCUCAUCUGCUUGGCCUUCUUCUUUGCCAGAGGCUUUAUUAAAACGGGUCUGGGCAAUCGAAUUGCUUAUCAAUUUGUUUCUCUUUUUGGUAGCUCAUCUCUAGGAUUAGGAUACAGUUUAGUUUUUAGCGAGGCGUUGCUGGCACCGGCGAUUCCUUCCGUCUCAGCAAGAGCUGGUGGCAUUUUUCUUCCGCUAGCGAAGUCCUUAUGUGUGGCUUGUGGUAGCAACGUGGGCGAUGGAACCGAGAAUAGACUAGGAUCGUGGUUAACGCUGACCUGCUUUCAAACUUCGGUGAUCUCGUCGGCCAUGUUUUUGACUGGAAUGGCAGCGAAUCCCCUCUGUGCCAAUCUGACUCAAAACUCCAUCAACCAGACGAUUGGGUGGUUAGAUUGGGCCAAAGCUGCCAUUGUCCCGGGUUUGCUGUCAUUGAUAGUGGUACCAUUCGUUUUGUACGUGGUUUACCCACCAACAGUGAAAUCCAGUCCCGACGCGCCCAAGCUUGCUAGGGAGAAGUUGCAAAACAUGGGACCAAUGUCCCUAAAUGAGAAGAUAAUGGCUGGGACUCUGCUUAUUACGGUGGGGCUCUGGGUUUUUGGUGGGGUUCUUAACGUGGAUGCUGUAAGUGCUGCAAUUCUGGGAUUAGCUGUGCUGCUUGUGAGCGGGGUUGUUACAUGGAAAGAGUGCUUGGCCGAGGGAGUUGCUUGGGAUACGCUUACGUGGUUUGCUGCCCUCAUUGCAAUGGCUAGCUAUCUCAACAAAUACGGUCUCAUUUCCUGGUUCAGCGAAACUGUUGUUAAGUUUGUUGGCGGGCUGGGACUGUCGUGGCAACUGUCAUUCGGCAUCCUGGUGCUGCUCUACUUCUACUCACAUUACUUCUUCGCAAGCGGGGCUGCUCACAUAGGAGCCAUGUUUACGGCAUUCCUAUCAGUUGCAAGUGCCCUGGGCACUCCCCCAUACUUUGGCGCCAUGGUGCUUUCCUUCCUCUCUAACCUCAUGGGUGGCCUUACCCACUAUGGAAUUGGGUCUGCACCCGUGUUUUAUGGAGCCAACUACGUUCCCCUUGCCCAGUGGUGGGGCUAUGGAUUCCUCAUAAGUAUUGUUAACAUUAUCAUCUGGCUUGGCGUUGGAGGAGCUUGGUGGAAAUUCAUCGGUUUGUGGUGAACGCCUCCGUCCCCCUUUUUCUAUUCCUUAUCUUUCUUAAUCCGCUUUGCUCUUACUUACCACUUCGAGCAAAUCCCUAAUAUUUUCUUUGAAUAUUCCUAUGAACAUUCUUCCAGAUGGUUUUGUUCACAGUUUUAGUCGGGGAAACUACUAUGGAGAAUCGAUCGAUUCACAUCUGAGUUCAGCACUCAUUUUUUUGUGCUAUUCCAACACAACUCUUUCAUACUAGAAAUUAUCAUAAUUGUU